UCGCGACGACCGGACUACGCUGUCAAGACAGUCGACAUCAACCGGGUUGAUGUCGUUCGGAAUUACACACCGUCGUCGUCCUUGCUAGACGAGGUGAAGGCCGCGUAUGCGCAUGACGCAGACGCGAAGCAGCUGAUCGAGUUCCUCUCAGCUCCUCCCGACAAAACACGUCGGAAGUUGGCCCCUCGUCUGCAAGCGAGUGCACACCGGUACCGUGUGCACGACGGUCUACUGCUUUACAGCGCUGUAAACGGCAAUGCGGAACGCAUUGUCGUGCCGAAUGAUCCUGACCUGCGCGGCAGGAUCAUAUACGAAUAUCACGAUGUCCCCACGGCGGGACACCCAGGACGUGAGAAGACAUACACUCUUCUCACCCGAGACUUCUACUGGAACCACCAGUACAAGUGGGUGCGCAAGUACGUUCGUACUUGUGAUGUUUGCCAGCGUGUGAAGCCUGCGCCUCACUCGCAGGCUCCCCUACAACCACUGCCGACUCCGUCGGAGUGUUGGGAGUCCAUCUCGAUGCUUUCCUGUCUUGCGAUGCGGAUCACUAUCAGCCACUCGCUGACAGUCCCUUAG